AUGGACGCCCCCGAUUCCGGCGGCGGCGGCGGCGGCGCGGCGGAUGCCGGCGAGCCCAUCUGGGACUGGGGCAAUCUCCUCGACUUCGUCGUCCAGGAUGACGACUUCCUGGUCCUCCCGUGGGAUGACACCACCGGUAUAGCAGCAGCCGACCCCACCGAGGCUGCCAUGGCACCGCUCCCCGCCUCGCCCCCGCUACCGCAGCCGGUGGAGCCGGAGCCGGAGACGGUGCCGGAACCGGGGCCAGUGCUUCCGCCGCCCCCUCUUCGGGUUCAGGGGAUCGGGCGCCGCGUCAGGAAGCGGGACCCGCGGCUCGUGUGCCCGAACUACCUCGCGGGGAGGGUCCCGUGCGCGUGCCCCGAGGUGGACGAGAUGGUCGCCGCUGCCGAGGCGGAGGACGUGGCCACGGAGUUCCUGGCUGGCGCGCGGAAGAAGACUAAGACUGCUGCUGCUCGCCGUGGCAAAGCGGGAGCUGCGGGUGCUGCCGCCGGAGCUGCAGGAGGAGGAACCGUCCGCGCGGCGGUGGCGGAGAUGAAGUGCCAAGUGCCUGGAUGUGAGGCGGACAUACGGGAGCUGAAAGGAUACCAUCGCCGGCACCGUGUGUGUCUGCGCUGCGCGCACGCUGCUGCUGUCAUGCUCGAUGGCGUCCAGAAGCGCUACUGCCAGCAGUGCGGCAAGUUCCAUGUAUUACUAGAUUUUGAUGAAGAUAAAAGAAGUUGUAGAAGAAAGUUGGAGCGUCACAACAAAAGAAGACGAAGAAAACCUGAUUCCAAAGGAACAUUAGAUAAAGAAAUAGAUGAACAAUUGGAUCUGUCAGGAGAUGUUAGUGGCGAUGGUGAACUUAGAGAAGAGAACAUGGAAGGCACAACCAGUGAGAUGCUUGAGACUGUUCUUAGCAACAAGGUGUUGGACCGAGAAACACCUGUGGGAUCUGAAGAUGUGCUUAGUUCACCAACCUGUACACAACCUGGUUUGCAAAAUGACCAAAGUAAAAGUUUGCAAAAUGACCAAAGUAAAAGUGUAGUGACUUUUGCAGCUUCUGUUGAAGCCUGCAUUGGUGCAAAGCAGGAAAGUGUAAAACUUGCCAAUUCCCCAAUGCAUGACACCAAGAGUGCCUAUUCAUCCUCGUGUCCAACAGGGCGCAUUUCGUUCAAGUUGUAUGACUGGAAUCCUGCAGAAUUUCCUCGACACCUACGACACCAGAUCUUCGAGUGGUUGGCUAACAUGCCUGUUGAAUUGGAGGGCUACAUUCGUCCGGGUUGUACUAUUUUAACUGUAUUUAUUGCAAUGCCGCAGCAUAUGUGGGACAAGUUAUCAGAUGAUGCAGCAGAUCUUCUUAGAAACUUGGUAAAUUCCCCAAACAGUCUUCUGUUGGGUAAAGGGGCCUUCUUCAUUCAUGUCAAUAACAUGUUAUUUCAAGUACUAAAAGAUGGAGCAACAUUGAUGAGUACCAGAUUAGAUGUACAAGCCCCAAGGAUUGAUUAUGUUCAUCCAACAUGGUUUGAAGCAGGGAAACCUGUCGAUCUUAUCCUUUAUGGAAGUUCUCUUGACCAACCGAACUUCAGGUCACUUCUGUCUUUUGAUGGGGACUAUUUGAAGCAUGAUUGCUACCGUUUAACAUCUCAUGAUACCUUUGACCGUGUCGAGAAUGGUGAUCUUAUUCCUGAUUCUCAACAUGAAAUUUUCCGAAUUAAGAUCACUCAAUCAAGACCAGAUAUUCAUGGACCCGCAUUUGUGGAAGUCGAAAACAUAUUUGGGUUAUCAAAUUUUGUUCCUAUCCUUUUUGGUAGCAAACAGUUGUGUUCUGAACUAGAGAGGAUACAGGAUGCUCUUUGUGGUUCUUACAGUAAAAAUAAUGUACUUGGUGAGUUACUCAGUGCCUCUUCUGAUCCUCAUGAGCGUCGGAAACUUCAUAGUUCUGUGAUGUCUGGAUUCUUGAUAGACAUUGGAUGGCUUAUCAGAAAGCCUACUCCUGACGAAUUUAAAAAUGUGCUGAGUUCAACAAAUAUCCAGAGAUGGAUAUGCAUCUUGAAGUUCUUGAUACAAAAUGAUUUUAUCAAUGUUCUGGAAAUAAUUGUGAAGUCAAUGGACAGCAUCAUGGGUUCAGAGGUUCUUUCAAACUUGGAAAGGGGGAGAUUGGAAGAUCAUGUAACAGCAUUUCUUGGAUAUGUAAGCCAUGCUCGGAACAUUGUUGAUCGUAGAGCUAACCAUGAUGAGAAAACACAGAUUGAAACAGGAGGCAUUAGUGUUAAUUCUCCAAAUCAGCCAAGCUUAGGCGCUUCGUUGCCACUUGCUAGUGAAAACACUGAUAUUGGUGCUGAUAACAAGUUGAACUCAGCUGAUGAGGAAGAAACUAUGCCACUUGUGACUAGAGAUGUCUCACACCGGCAAUGCUGCCAGCCUGAUAUGACUGCUAGGUGGCUUAAGCCCUCACUAAUUGUUACUUAUCCUGGUGGUGCCACGAGAAUGCGACUUGUCACGACUGUGGUAGUUGCGGCUGUUUUGUGUUUCACAGCUUGCCUUGUUCUUUUCCAUCCGCAUGGGGUAGGGGUGCUUGCAGCUCCAGUGAAGAGGUACUUGUCGAGUGACUCCGCAUUGUAG